GCGGAGAACAUGAAGGAACAGAAGGAGCCCAGGCAUCGUAAAGAUAACCGGCGUCCAGACCUUGAAAUAUACAAGCCUGGCGUCUCCCGGCUUAGGAACAAACACACACUAUUAAAACAGGAAGCCUCAGCGCAUGAAGGGACCAGAUCUGAGGAAUCCAAGGAUGAAACUGCUAGUGACAAAGAUCCUGCUGGUACUGGAGGGGGAUCUCAGGUCACUGGAGAUCUCAGCAAAGGUGACAGCCAGAAGCAGGAUGGUCCCUCCCAGGGAAAUGGAGAGAUGGAAAGUAAAGCUGUUUUUCAGAGCCAAGAGAAUUUGGAUAAACACUCUGUCUCAGAUGACUGGUGUCCCAGGAUCAUCAGGAGAACCAAGAAGCCGGACCAGCAGAUCUAUCAGCCUGGGAGACGCCUGCAGACUGUUGCCAAGGAGGCAGCCAGCCAGCCAGCCAAUGAUGAAAUCGUCAGUAAGAUGGAACAGCUGAGAGUUGAAGGAGAUGAAGAGACUGAAAGGGACAUUGGGAAAGGCAGCAACAGCAGCAGAACUAAACUGAACAGAGAGGAGAGGGAGGGAAGCUUGACUAGUGAGGGAGUGAAAAGUGCAAGGGGAGAAAAAGGAAUGGAGGUAGAGCGGGCUGACAGGGUCAGGAAAUCAAGUGAUGACUUGAUCCAGGGGAAGCUGGGAUCUACAAAGCGAUACUCCCGCUCUGACAAACGAAGGAGCCGAUACCGCACCUGUAGCACAAGCUCAGCAGGGAGCAACAACAGCACAGAUGGAAUCCCACUGGCUGAUGGGGGAAAGAAGCGACAGGAGCGGGCCAAAGAGAGAAGCCGUCCUAAAAAACAGCUCUCUGCUUCCUCCACUGACUCUCUGGAAGAUGACAAAAUUGGGGAGACAGAAGCAUAUGACGCUAGCGGAAAUUCAGAGAGAAAGCACCCAGAGCAGAGCCGAGCUUCUCAAAGUGAGAGUGAGUGGAGCAGCAAUGGGAAGGAGGCCAAGGGAGCCCUGCGCGUCACCUUCGAUAACACGACUGUGAACAGAGACAUCUGUGUGGCGCAGACAGACAAGAAAAAGCCUCCAAAGGUUUUUAAUGUAAGUGACUCCCUAGAGGCUGUGGAGGUGAAGGGCAGGGAGCCUCAAGGGAGAGGCCGUGGGAUUCUCAUCCUGCCUGCCAACACAGACCUCUCAGCCAGUGCUGCAGGCUCUCCCGGAUCUACCCAGUCUGGGCCCAGGCUUCUGCUUGGGAGUGGUGGCAGCAAGGGGCCCAGAGGCAGGGGCCGUGGAGGCACGAUGCGCAGAUUGUGGGAUCCAAACAACCCAGACCAAAAACCUGCUCUGAAGAGCCAGACAUCACAGCUUCAUUUUCUAGAUACUGAUGAUGAAGUGAGCCCCACUUCCUGGGGGGAUGCGCGCCAGUUGCAGGCCUCCUACUAUAAAUUUCAGAACUCUGACAACCCCUAUUAUUACCCUAGUCCAAAAGGCCAAGGUCCUCAGUAUUCUUAUGGAGGGUAUUCUUUGCAAUAUCAGAUGGGCCCCAAUAACAGUGUUUACCCAGGAGCUUACUACCCCGGAUAUCCAGGCCAGUCAGGGCAGUAUGUCUGCAGCCCCCUCCACUCUACCCCUUUGAGUCCAGAGAUGGAGCAGCAGAUGAGGAACAUACAGCAGCAGGAGCUCAGCAAACUCCUGCGAGAGGCUGGGAACCAGGAGCAGCAGCUCAGCAACCUGCUUUCCAGAGACGGCAUCAGCCCCGAGGGUCUUGAGAAGAUGGCACAACUGAGAGCGGAGAUGCUGCAACUUUAUGAACGAUGCAUCCUCAUGGAUAUUGAGUUUUCCGAUAACCAGAAUGUGGAUCAGCUGCUCUGGAAGAACGCCUUCUAUCAGGUGAUUGAGAAAUUCCGGCAGCUCCUCAAGGAUCCGCUAGGGGAGAACGGGCAGGAAAUUCGGAACAAACUGCUCCAGCUCCUCAAUGAGGGCACUAUUUUCUUUGACAAUUUGCUUCAGAAGCUGCAGGUGUCAUACCAGUUCAAACUGGAGGAUUAUAUGGAUGGGAUGGCCAUUCGCAGCAAGCCCUUGCGGAAGAUGGUGAAGUACGCGGUGAUCAGUGCCCAGAGGUGUAUGAUUUGCCAAGGGGACAUUUGCCGGUACAGGGAGCAAGUGAACGACACAGCAAACUAUGGGAAAGCACGCAGUUGGUAUCUGAAGGCUCAGCACAUAGCCCCCAAAAAUGGCCGUCCAUACAAUCAGUUGGCCCUGCUGGCUAUCUACACGAGGAGGAAGCUGGAUGCUGUCUACUAUUACAUGCGCAGCCUGGCCGCCAGCAACCCCAUCCUCACAGCCAAAGAGAGCCUCAUGAGCCUGUUUGAAGAGACAAAACGCAAGGCUGAGCAGAUGGAACAGAAGCAGCAUCAGGUACUGGAACUGAGCCCCAGCCGACGAGGGAAGGGCAAGAAAUCCACGUUCCGACAAGUUGGAGACGACGCCACUCGGCUGGAGAUCUGGAUUCAUCCUUCCCACCCCCGCUGCUCCCAUGGCCAUGAAUCCGACAGGGAGUCUGAGCAGGACAACGGUCUUGGGAACCUCAGCCCCAGUGACCUGAACAAAAGGUUCAUCCUCAGUUUUCUCCAUGCCCAUGGGAAGCUGUUUACCAGGAUUGGGAUGGAGACGUUCCCGUCAGUGACAGAGGAGGUACUGAGGGAGUUCCAGGUGCUGCUGAAGCACAGCCCCCCUCCCAUUGGAAGCACCCGCAUGCUGCAGCUCAUGGCUAUCAACAUGUUUGCGGUGUACAAUUCCCAGCCCAAAGAGUGCUUCUCGGAGGACUGUCGCUCAGUGCUCCAGGAACAGGCCACGGCGCUGGGACUCUGCAUGUUCGCCCUGCUGGUGAGGCGCUGCACCACCUUACUGAAGGAGUCUGUCCGAGCUUGGCCCCAGGAAGCAGAGCAGGACGAGGAGGAUGAUAUCAAGGUCUCCGCUUUGCCCCAGGAUCUGAAGGAGCUCCUACCCAGCGUGAAAGUCUGGUCGGACUGGAUGCUUGGCCACUCGGACACCUGGAACCCCCCUCCCACCUCCCUUGAGCUGCCCAAACAGGUCUCAGUGGAUGUGUGGGCGACACUGGCCGACUUCUGUAACAUACUGACCACAGUGAAUCAGUCAGAGGUGCCGUUGUACAAGGACCCCGAUGAUGACCUUUCCCUGCUCAGCCUGGAAGAGGAUCGGCUCCUUUCAGGCUUUGUCCCCCUGCUGGUCACCCCCCAGGAGCCCUGCUACGUGGAGAAAACCUCGGACAAGGUUAUUGCAGCUGACUGCAAGAGGGUCACAGUUCUGAAGUAUUUCCUGGAAGCCCUUUGUGGACAAGAAGAGCCUUUGCUGGCAUUCAAGGGUGGAAAAUAUGUGUCAGUGGCACCCGUCCCAGACGCCAUGGGAAAGGAAAUGGGAAGCCAAGAGGGAAAACAACUGGAAGAUCAGAAGGAGGAUGACUUGAGGAUUGAGGCAUUUGAAGAUGAUUCUGAGGCUGAAGUCAGUGGAGAAGAGUUUGACAUCAGGGAACUCAGAGCCAGGAAGCAAGCACUGGCCAGGAAAGUAGCUGAGCAGCAGCGUCGUCAGGACAAGAUUCAGGCUGUGCUGAAGGAUCAGAGCCAGAUGCGGCAGAUGGAGCUGGAGAUCAGACCUGUCUUCCUGGUGCCAGACACCAACGGCUUCAUCGACCACCUGAACAGCCUAAAGAAGCUGCUGGAGUGGCGGAAGUUCAUCCUGGUGGUGCCCCUGAUUGGGUCAGUGUGAUCCCUUCACCGAGGGAGCUGAGCUGGCCCCUAGGUGCGGGUGCGGGAGGCACAACAUUCCCCUAAUUCCUCUGCACGGUGUCCUCGUUCUCGGACUGCAGGCUGCACAGAACCUUGCACCCCCGGGAUGCAGCAAGGGGUUAAGUGCAGCUUUCCAUUCACUUUGUUUCUCUUGCUCUUUAACCUGCUCCGUGCUCCUCGAGCCUGACCCUGCCACAGAGAAGCCAGGCCUGGUGCAGAAGCACAAACAAGCCUCCCCUUUGAAGCCUGUUUGGUUUGGAAGCAGGAAAGUGGAUUUCGGGAUGGAAUACCAGCUUUUCCUGUUUGAUGUUCCGUUUUUGCACCACUUCCCUCACCCCCCCCCCCCCCCAAAUCCCAGCCGUGCAGUGUGUGGAAAUGGCAACAGUGGGUCUCUGGAGUCAGGAAUGAGUGAGGAGUGAAGCAGCUCCAUGUAACUUUCAUCUGAAUACCCAGACAAUGAGUGCCAGCCUCCCCCUAGAACAGAGUGCUCACACAGGCUCCCUGGGCAGUGAUUCACAGCACUGGGGAGAGGCCCCAGACCCCGAACGCUCUCCCCAAGCCCCCGAGGAAUGCAUAUUUCCCACUUGAUCUCAGGACUUUGGCUUGUUGCUUGGAAAGAAUCUUCAGAAAUUAAGCCAUGUCUGAAAGCCAGACUGCGCACGGAGGCUCACUCACUCCCUCCCGUGCACAGGCUCGCUCACACGUGUGCACAGAGAGCAGUCACCCGCUUGCCCAUGCCCACAGUCCCACUGUCUGUCACACAUGGGCUGUUUCUGCCAGGUGAAAGUGCCUCCUGGGGUGUCUCUUAUUGGGAGAGGCUGUGGGCCAGGGGCUCCCAGCGCUUUCUGUGCGACAGCCCCUAUGGGCAUUGCUGCGGUCUCUCUUGCUGCCAAGGGCAGCCCCCACUCUGUCCUCAGGUGCUGGAGUGGCUGAGGUUUUCCUGUCUAUUGGCACCAAUACAGAAAGCUCUAGGACUUAAAUCCUCAGCCAAGCAAAAUGAGCAGCAGGCCUGGGAGUCAGCCUGAUCCGGGGUGAGGCUCUGCGUGUCAGGAGGGCAGCAUGGUGUCUCUCCCUCCCCGUGUCAGUCGCAGGGCAGCAGAGAGGACCCUCUGUCCCACAGGCUGGGCAGGAGGGAUCUUGCUUCUCCCUACUUCAGCCAGCCCUGUAAGGGGUUGGGACUGUGUGUCAUCCUGCCUAGAGGACCAGAGCCAACUGGCAAUCCCACCUUCCCCCGUGAGCCGGGGACAGUGGCUGCCAUGAGGCUCGUUGCAGGGGAGACGGCAGGGUCAGGAGUUCUGCAGGCUUCUGUGAAGGUGCUGCGGGGCGCAAGCUGCCCACGUGUAGCACUUAGCCAGGUACAUUCCUGAGCAGCAUCAGUGAUUAGCUGCUGUAGCCAGGAGGUGGAGAUGGGGCUGGAUGGCCCAGCAUCGUCCUCCAGCCGGCACUGCCCUGGGUCUGGCCUCCCCACAGGCUCUCUCCCCUCCUGUCCCUCAGCCUGAGCUCUGAGUAAAGCAUCUGGCUCAGCAUAAGUGGGUGACAGUAGUGCCUGGAGACCCUCCAGGAUCCAGCCUCCUUGUGCUGGGCACAUUCAGAGACCACCCCUGCCCUGAAAAUCGUACACUCCAAAUAGGCAAGACAAAGCCGAAGGGGCAGGAGAAAAGCAGCAGCAUUCUCUCCAUUUUGCAGGUGGGCAACUCAGGCCCAGGGAUGAAGUGACUUACCCAGGCUCACCUGAAGAGUCUGUGGCAAAGCCAGAAAUUUAACCUGCAUCUCCUGAGUUUCAGUCCAGUGCCCUAUCCAUAAGGUUCUUUGGCAGGUCUGUGUCAGUCUUUGACUGCAGUUCCCAAGAGCAUCCUGCUGCAUCCUAACUCAGCUUCCUCUUCCCUUU